AUGAAGGCCACACUGACAGGCAAGUACGAGACCGGCAAGGACAACGGCAAAGCCACCACCACCCUCUCCAUCAACGCCAAGUUUGGCGACGCCAGUCUCCGGGCCACCGUCUCCGACGCUCUCGUGCUCGGCACCGCCGCCCGCUCCCCCCCGACCCUCUCCUUCUCCCUCCAGAAGCCCAACUCCUUCUCCAUCGAUUACUCCCCCACAAAGGCUGGCACGGAUCAGAAGGAUGAUCUUCCACAGGCGAAGUUCAAGUUCAUGAACUCCAUCAAGUUGAUGGAGAAGACGGUGAGGAUGACGUACAGCCACGCUCUGCAGGAGAGGCGGACGGAGGUGGACGGGUCGGUGGAGUUCAACGAGGACAACAAGAUGGCAGUGCACCACGUCGUGGGGACGGAGGAGUGCAAGUUGAAGUACACGUACCAGCACGGUGAGCGGCAGAAGACGAUGGUGGAGCCGACCUACUACGUGGCGGCCAAUACGUGGGACUUGGUGGUGUCGCGGAAACUCGACCGGGGCGACGCCCUGAAGGCGAGCUACCAGGCGGCGGCGAAGAAGCUCGAGCUGGAAUGGAGUAGGGACUCCAACGUCAAUGGCACCUUCAAGAUAUCUGCCGCUCUCAACAUGGCGGAUCACAUCUAUCCAAGAUUUGUGGCUGAGAGCACGUGGAGCUACCAAAUCUGAUUUCGAGUGUCUCAAUUGGUCUCAAGUGUUUGCUUUGGAUUACUGAUGCAAUAAGCCAUCAAAGCCUUUCGACAUAAGGAUG